AAUUUAUUCACUCCGUGUUGGGUUUCUCAGGCAGUAGAGGAGAGCUUGUCGUUAAACAACCAAACUGAAGUUAUAUGAAGGGUCAAGCACUUUUCAUUUGUGACAAUGCGUGAACUUCAACGUAAUAAGUGAACGUGUGUUGAUUAGGACGUGCAACUGAACUAGUAUUAGUGAACUGUCCGGAUUUCGUUGACGUUCUCGUGGAUUUUCAUACGCUCAAGCGGGAACAGAACCAUUUCGACGUCAGGCUGAGGCUGGGGCUGUGAGGAAGUGGAGAGGAGGGAUCUGUGCAUGUUGCGUGGAGAAAGGUUUAUAUUGAAUUCCCUGUUGCCUCAAGUAACUGUGAAAUCGAGGAUUCUUCUCAGUUCUUUCGUUGAGCGCAAAGUCUGCUAUGUGCUCACAGCGUUGCAAGCUAGAUCUCUUUUUAUUUGUUGUGAAGCAACAUUUUCGUUGGACUGUAAACACAUAUCUUGUUGGCGGUGGACAGGUAGGGGAAUUGUAAACGGAAGAACUCGCCAUACAGGUUGUCCUUUUACAACUCUGUACCGUCAAUGGACUUCGCGUCAACACUCGUUCACUUACAUAACUUUUAAAAACAUUAUCGACUGAGCUACAUCGUCUAUCAACGGACAGGGUAUGACGGACUUCAGGAAAAAUAAGCUAUACGUCCUGGUAGACGUGCUGUGCGUGGUAGUGGCGGCCCUGCCCUUCGUCAUCAUGAACCUGGUGUUCCGGCCGUACCAGCGCGGCGUGUACUGUGACGACGAGACCAUCCAGUACCCGCUCAAGCCCGACACCAUCACCCACGGCACCCUGGCCGCCGUCACCAUCUCCUGCACCAUCGUCAUCAUCUCCUGCGGUGAGGCCUACCUGGUGUACAGCAAGAGGAUCUACUCCAACUCAGACUUCAACCAGUACGUGUCGGCGCUCUACAAGGUGCUUGGCACCUUUUUGUUCGGGGCCGCCGUCAGCCAAUCGCUGACCGACCUGGCCAAGUUCACCAUCGGGCGUCCGAGGCCCAACUUCAUGGCCGUUUGUGCCCCCAAGGCGUGCAAGGGCUACGUGCUGGGGAUCAACUGCACCGGGCUCCCCCGCGCGGUUACGGAAUCCAGGCUGUCCUUCUACUCUGGCCAUUCGUCCUUUGGGAUGUACUGCAUGCUGUUCCUGGCGCUGUAUGUCCAGGCAAGGUUGGCGGCUAAGUGGGCCCGCCUCCUCCGGCCCACCAUCCAGUUCUUCCUGGUGGCGUUCGCGGUCUACGUGGGCUACACCCGCGUGUCGGAUUACAAGCACCACUGGAGCGACGUGCUGGUGGGGCUCCUGCAGGGCGCCCUGGUCGCCGUCCUGAACGUGCGCUUCGUGUCGGACUUCUUCAAGGAGCGUCCCCAGCGCUGCUCGGUCCCGCAGGCGGCCGAGAACGAGGAGUCGGAGCGCAAAGCCAGCCUGCAGAUGGGCGACGCCGAACACAACAACCAUUACGGCUACCCGGGGCCUGUGUGACCAGGGGCCCUGGAGCCCCCCCCC